UGUUGAAUCUCUUAAGUCUAGUAGUCUUCAUGUUUCACUCCGGCUUAUUAGCAUGUUGAUCCUUCAUCCUUACGGAAGAUUUUUCAAAUUUUUCCUUGAAAGAAGAACCCGAAGAAGGAGAUAAAGUUCAUGACGUACAACGUUUGGUCUCGCGAGGACGUUGCGGUGUACAAGAGGAUGAAGGCCAUCGGCAGCCUCGUGGAGAAGCACAAGCCGGACGUGAUCUUCUUCCAGGAAAUCACGCCAUACAUUCUCAGGAUCUUCAAGAGCUUUGCGUGGUGGAAGGAGUACCACUGCUCAGAAGUAAAACCUGAAGAACAGGCAACCAAACUGCACUUCUGCAUGAUGCUGAGCAAGAUUCCCAUGGAGAAGCCCGCGAGCUGGAAGUUCACCAACACGUCCACCGGCAGAGGCUACGUGGAGGCCGACAUCAACCCGGGGACGUCGUCGCCUGCCAUCCACAUCGCCACGACCCAGCUGGAGAGCCCCUCCUCCGGCCCGCCGGCGGCGCAGCCGCAGACGCGCUCCUUGGAGCGGUACGCGCAGGCCGAGCACGCCGUCGCCGCGCUGGGCAGCGCCAGGAACGUCGUGCUCGGCGGCGACAUGAGCUGGGACGACGCCGUCGACAUGCCGUUCCCUCUCCCGGCCGGCGGCGGCGGCGGCGGUGGCGACUGGGUCGACGCCUGGACUGUGCUGAGGCCGGAGCACGAGAGAGCCAGUGCUCGACGUACGACGGCAUCUGGAACGAGGAUCUCGCCGUGUUCAACGGCUUCACGGCGAAUGCUGGCCUCGUCGCUGAAGAAGAGAUCGGACCGGUUCGUGUGCAAGCUGCAGGAUUACAAGCUGGGAGGCAUCGAGUUGAUCGGGAGUACGGAAAACCUCGGGAUUGAUUACCUGAAGAAACGCAGGGACUAAACUUCACCUGAGGCCGAGCUGCCACCUCGGCGUGGUCCUGACCGUCGUCGUCACGGGCGAUCCGCCGCCGGUGCAUGGCGCAUUGGCGCCACGUCGGAAGCUGCGGGACAGCACUGGUUCUACGGCGCCUUCCGAGUAGUUUGCGGUUGACUGCACGAUUUGGUGUGCGCAUUGCACCGGUGCAGCCACACUCACUGCUCCCAUCAGAUGGCCUAAUAAUCCAAAGAACUUAAUUUAAAUUUUAAAUUUUAAAUUUUCAAACUUAAUUUGAGAUUGAUUUUGAGAUA